AUGAGGGGCAUCAUCGGCUUAAAGCGGCUGCGGCUCAAAAUCUGGCGGCGAUGCACCCUGGUGCUCCUCCUCCUUUGGGCUGCCUGCUGGAUGGUGGUGAGCGCUUUACUGUUCUUCCUCCACAGGAGCGUCUUCUCCGAGCGCUGCACGGACGAGAAAAGCCACCGGAUCCUGGCCAGACUGUGUCUUGACUACAGCAGUGGAGUCCUGACUGGUGAUCUCUGUGAAGACCUGUGUGUGGCACAGAAGCUGGUGUACAAGCACUGUCUUUACUAUGACAGAGGUAAGAAGGUCAUCCAGGCUGACUGGAGAGGCCAGCCCAUCAUCCUGAAGUCCAAAAAUGAAAUCUUCUCCAGCUACCAGCAUCUAAGUAUCCUAGAGGAGGUGGAAACAGAGGAUAUUCCUGAAACAGAGCUUCUGUUGAUGGUAGCCUUGGAGGUCAAAAAUGUCCUGGGGCUAGAACUAUCCAACAAUACCGUGGGGCCUCUAUGGAUAAGGAAGAAGGGACCACAUUGGAAAGCACAGGUGGCCAGCAUGUGGUCCUUGCUCCAGCAGGAAGAAUAUAUCUACUUCAGUUUGCUGCAGGACUUCAGCAAACAUGUGCUACGAAUUAUUGGCUCUUGUGGACACUUUUAUGCUGUGGAGUAUCUCACAGCUGGACAUGCCUGGCACAAAACUCUUUUUCCCUUGGAAGAUGUGUUUGGUCCCUCGCUUGCUGGCCAUAAAAGCAUGGUGAGAGCCAUCACUGACAUUGCACUCAGCUUUCUGGACAUGGUGCAGCACUUUGAUAAUGAUUUCUCUCACCGACUUCACCUGUGUGACAUCAAACCAGAAAACUUCGCUAUCAGGCAUGAUCUCACAGUGGUGGCCAUUGAUGUGGAUAUGGCCUUUUUUGAACCCAAAAUGAGGGACAUCCUUGAACAGAACUGCACAGGAGAUGAAGAUUGUAAUUUUUUUGAUUGCUUUUCAAAAUGCAAUCUGAAAAACAAAAAAUGUGGAGCACAGAGAACCAAUAACAACUUGCAAGUGAUCUGUGACAAAAUAUUCCGUCGAUGGUUUUCCCCAAAUCUCAGGGAACCGUCAGUUUCCCUCUCACUGCAGCUGCAGCUGCAGAAGGCUGUGCAGGAGUGUGCCAAGCCGGGACAGGGGGAUGCUGCUGGGCACCAGAGGACUCUGAAAUCUCUGUCUGAGUUGUACCACCUGCUUCGAGUCACUCAGCAAGAACUGCGAAGGACAGAGUAG